CGUUCGAAUACAGUCCAUUCUUUUGUUUUUAUUUCCAUCCCUGCUUGCGUUUGCUUACUCGCUCCACGAACAAGCACAUCCCUGCUUCGAAUUCAACAAGGAAGACACACACAAAACAAACAAACACACACACACACACACACACAAAAAAAUCAAACAACCGUCUCGGCAAUGUUGCUAAACAAUGAUCACGCAGACGGGAUGGUUGGCGACAGCACCUUGUCCGCUGGAGGCAACCACCCGCCGGCAGCACCAAGUCUGAGUUUUGCCGCCACCACCUCCUCGAUUUUGACUCGCACCGAUCCGCCCUCCACUUGUGAUCCUUGCGGCAUGUCGGCACUGGCGCCAUCGAACGCUCGUGUUUCGGCCUCAGCUCCUCUCCAAAAGCAACAUGCGUUCGACGCGACGAACUUUGCCGAACAAAAUGCCAAAGAAGAGGCAGAAGACGACAACGACAAAGAGGAAAACGAAGCCGGUUCUGGCAUGGACCCAGACUAUCGCCACGAUUCCAUGCCACCACGAUCCUCCGAUGCUGCUGCUGCUGCUGCUACUGCUGCGGCUCGACUCGACUCGACUGCAGCUGCAUCCAAUGUCGCACCCACCACGUCGUCGCGACGUGGGAAUGAGGGUGAGGGCGUGGUCGCCCGCGGUGCUGGUGGUGGUUUGGCAUGCACGCCUACGUCCCUCGAGAAUGGCCCGAGAAGAAUGGCAUCAUCGGCUACUACUUCCUCCGAUUCCAACGUCUCAUCGGCGGCCGUGCCCAGCAGCACACGCAGCAGCUCCAACACGAAGGAUGUGGCUCGUCGCAUUCGCCCAGUCAGCGUGCACGGCAGCAACCCCGCCCACGCGUGCACCGCACCCGGCCAAGAUCAACGCCGCAGCUGGCCUUUGGCAAUUGGCGACGACGCCGAUGAGAACAACAUUCCCGUGCCAGACCACUCGUCUUUUUCCAACACGCCCAUCUCCACAACGCGGGCUGCAACUACGGGGCCCGGAAUGACCGGCAUGGCUCGAGCACGCGUGCAGGGCGGCGUGGCCGCUGUCGAGGGAGAACUCGAACGGAUGCAGCUCGUCGCUGAAGAUGAACGCCUCGUCACCGCAUCUGCUGCAAUCAGCAACCGAGCUACGGCAAGUGCUGGAAUGUCACACUCCACCACCAGUGCGAAAGCAACAGCUGCACAGCUGUCGGACACCAAGAUGACCAACCGUCGCUCCUCAGGUCCUCCCGACGCCGAGGAGGAGGCAGCAGAGCCCAACCCCAGUCAAGCAUUGCGUCCUGGUCCCGACCCAGCUUCACUGACUCUUUCCAUCGAAGAAUGGCGACGCGAGUUCCCAGACCUUGCGCUCAUUCUGGAGCAGAUGGCGCCCCGGUUUGCGGCCACAUCGCGCCUCGGCGCUGGAGCAUUUGGGCAAGUGCUCGAGGCGCUGUGGCAUAUUCCGAAAUGGGACGCCAAGACGGUUGCAGCCAUUUCUGCUGGAACCAGCGUCGCGACGGCCAGCACCGCCACCGACGCGCUGGUUGAGACCUGGGAGUGCCCAGAUCGCGUUUCAGCGUGCGGCAUGCACCUGAGCGUGGCGCUCAAGAUUGACACCCUCGGCACGGGCAAACGCCCUGGCACGGGGAUGGCUCCUGGGAUGGGCAACCAGUCGCUGCGUCACGAAGUGUCCGUGUACAAACGCCUGAAGGGCCUGUCGUGCAUUCCCAAACUGUACGGCCAUGGUCACGUCGAUCUGACCCUGCCAACUCGCUCUUCGCAUGCAUUCAUGGUCCUGGAGCUGCUCGGAAUCAAUCUCCGUGACAUUCGCCACACUGCUCCAGACCGCCGCCUUCCCAUCCCGCAGGCCGCCGGCUAUGGGCUGCAGAUGCUCUCUGCCAUCGAAGAGGUGCACUCGCGCGGGGUGCUUCACCGUGACAUCAAGCCAUCCAACUUUGCCUUUGCGCGCUCGACCAAGCCUGGAGUGCAGGGUGCACAAGUGAUCUUGUUUGACUUUGGCAUUGCCAAGGUGUACCUUGAUCCGGAAACUGGGCGCCACAACGAAAUGCGCGAUCAAGCUCCCUUCCGUGGCACGCGGCGGUACGCGUCCGUUCAUGCGCACAUGCAACAGGACCUCGGUCGACGUGACGAUCUGUGGUCAUUGCUGUAUGUGCUGAUUGAGCUCAUCGCUGGCGAAUUGCCGUGGAAGAACGUUGAAGACCGCGACGCAGUUGGCAAAAUGAAAGUCGAAACUCUGCUGCUCGAGGAUGGCGACGCAACAACAACAGUCAGCACUGGGACUGACGACGAGGACGACGAGGACGCCGAGCACGGCACCAGCCAUGGCACGUCCAAAGCAACCCGACAUUCCCACCACAAUGUGCAUGCCCCGCUCCAUUCUCGUUACUCACCCAACGAUCUUUGCUCUGCCCGGUCGCACAUGGAAAUGCUGGCUGCGCAAGUGGCCGCUUCGGUGAAUCGUGCGCCCCGUCGCACAGUGUCCGACUUGCACUGCAACGAUUGCGGCGGCGUGCGCACGGCGGGCUCAUCCACUGCCAUGGACUUGCCGACCACAACGAUGCCCCGCCGAAGCAGCUAUGGUUCAAUCGAUCUUGGCAUGGUCGAGGGCGGUUUCACGACCCAUCCCGACGGCGCGACAGGAAGUGUUUCGGUGACAACUGCAGAAGCCGCCGACGCUGUUGUUGCAGCCUCUGUGGGCGACUCGAGGGCUCCAGGUUCUCGCAAUUCGAUCAGCCUGCAUCCGUCAACUGCCAGCUAUGUUGCAACUGGCUGCCGCAGGCGUCGCCUGUGUGUUGGGCUUCCAAUCGAGCUGACGCUGUUUGCUGAGCAUCUUUUGCAACUCAACUUUGAAGAUGCUCCCGACUAUCGCCACUUGGAGCAGCUGCUGGAGUCCAUGCAAGGCGAUCACUCGGUUCCCGGCAACUUCUCUCCGGUGCCGUCCGUCAACCCCUGUUCGUGCCGCCCAGAAAUGAUUGCGGGGUCGAGCCAAAGACCGUCACCCGCCAGCAUUGUCUCUCGUUAAAACGUCACAGAGACCCGUGUGUGGAGGUUCCAGACACCAGGCCACAACAACAACAACGGGCGCACAUCCACUCCCAAUCAUCACCACGGAAACGAGCAGGUCAACAAAAAGGCUGGAUUCUUUGGUGAUGAGUAUUGUUUGAUGUUUGUUUUUCUGUCUCUCCCCCCUUCUCUCGAUUUUCCUUGGCUUUCUUUUGUCUCGACUUUAGUCAGUUUUGCAUUCGACGCACUGCAACACUUUUUCUUUUUGAAAUGUCUUUCUUUUCCUGCAUGGAGUUCGUUGCGUUCUUUGCUUGCUUUCAAAUCUGCAGAUCUUCUCGCUGGGCUUGCCGCAUGGCGUUCGUUUGCAACUUGUGUGUGUGUUUCGUUUAUCGUGACAAUGUGCAAAAAGUAAAUCUUGAUCGGUUCAACGAAGCUUGUGCAACGCGGUUGG